AUGAAGCUUCUAUCUACUUUGAUUAUCUUUACUGCGGCUGUCUCUGCCUGCAGUGACCCUGCCUUCCGGUGCAAGAAUCCCCAGGGAACCAAAGCCGGCGACUAUUCGAAAACUGCCGAGAUCUGCGCAGAAGUUGGUAAUGGCUCAAGUAUGUGCCGUUGCUAUGGGGCAGCCGAGGAUUACUGCUACCUCGCGAAUGGCGCCAAUGUGAAGACGUUUUCAGAUUACUGCAAAGCAGAUAAUCCAUGGUAUCCUGAUUCUUGUUAA